GUGGCUUCCACACAUGUGUGGAACUGCACUGCUGCACACAGGUUUGGAUUGGAAACUUUGAAAUGUUCGGUCACAACAAAGUUUCUGUCCCAGGCCAGUCCUGCCCUCCUCAGCCAUGUGGUCCUUCUGUGAGCUAUCCUACAGCUCCACCUUGUGGUGGCGAUGGAGGCCAAGGUCAUGGACCAGGAAAUGGUUGUGGAUGUGAACAUGGACAUGGGCAUGGACACCAUGAACAUGGGCAUGGGCAUGGGCAUGGACACCAUGGGCAUAGGCAUGGACGUGGGCACCAUGGGCAUAGGCAUGGACGUGGGCACCAUGGGCAUGGACACCAUGGGCAUGGUCAUGGACCCCAUGAACAUGAACAUGGGCAUGGGCACCAUGGGCAUGGGCAUGGGCAUGGGCACCAUGGGCAUGGUCAUGGACCCCAUGAACAUGAACAUGGGCAUGGGCACCAUGGGCAUGGGCAUGGGCAUGGGCACCAUGGGCAUGGUCAUGGACCCCAUGAACAUGAACAUGGGCAUGGGCAUGGGCAUGGACAUGGGCAUGGGCAUGGGCACCAUGGGCAUGGACCCCAUGAACAUGGGCAUGGGCACCAUGGGCAUGGACCCCAUGAACAUGGACAUGGACAUGGACCCCAUGGACAUGGACAUGGACAUAGUCAUGGCCAUUGUGACAAGCAAGAUGGGACGUGUCAUGGGUCGUCCAGCAGCUCCUGCAGCAGCAGCAGCAGCAGCAGCAGUGACUCUGACUAGUUUCCACCUGGACGCCUUCAUCUGCCCACUGCUGACCAUUUACUUAUUCAAAAAACAAUCAAACUUACAUUCUAAACUGUUUGUGUUUUUACACUCAGGAUAUUAUAUACAGUGCAAAAUGCUGAAACUGUUUAUCAUAAAAGCAAUUCAUCUCCACACUGCCUCGUCCCUUUAUUCUGUAUUUGACCUGAGCUCAGGUACUCUAUCUAUCAGUGUUCACUGA